GUAGCAGGAAACGAUCAUAACAGAUUGAAAGUUCGAUUUUCCAUCUCGUAGCCUUAGAGCUACAGUUUUCAUAGGUGCAUACGGAAACAUUCUCUGAAACGGAAGACUUCUUCGAGAUACUUUGCUAUCGGAGAGUGGGUUUAGCGUAACAUUGCGUGGAAGGCCAGUAGUUUUCCUAUCAUUCCAUCAAUACUGAAAGACCAGAAAUUCCAUCCAACAAAAAAAACAAACAAACACUUACUUCUACUCACUUGCAAAUCGAACAGCAGCUUUUGCCCUCGUAGCCCUGUGAUCUCAAUUAAACCGAUUGUUUAAACCGCUCAGCGAAGCAACUACGAGGCGUAAGACGAAAUUAUCGACGUCGAAGGUCUCUGCCCAAACUUGUGAAGCAUACAAAAUGGUGAAACUAUACGCCCUUAGUGUCUUUUACAAAGCCCCAACCGAGGCACGUCUGCUGAAAUCGGCCUAUGAUUUGCAAAGCUUUUCCUUCUUUCAGCGUGGAUCGGUACAGGAAUUCAUCAGUUUUGCCAGCAAAACGCUCGUCGAAAGAACACAGGCCGCAACCCGGCAAUCGGUGAAACAAGAUGUGUACAUGUGCCACGUAUAUGUCCGGGCCGACAAUUUGGCCGCCGUGCUGAUAGCGGACCAUGAAUAUCCGCAACGGGUCGGACACACGUUGCUAACGAAGGUGCUGGAUGACUUUACCGCCAAGGUAGGCGCAGAACUUUGGCCCGUGACGACAAACGAAUCGGCGAUACAGUUCGGAACACUGCCGGCCACGCUCAGCAAAUAUCAGGACCCACGGGAAGCCGACGCACUAACGCGCAUGCAGGAGGACUUGGACGAAACGAAGAUCAUUCUGCGUAACACGAUAGACGCAGUCCUGGACCGGGGUGAGAAGCUGGACGAUCUGGUGUACAAGUCGGAGUCCCUGUCGAUACAGAGCAAAGCAUUCUACAAGACGGCUAAGAAGACUAAUUCGUGCUGCAACUUUGCCUAGACAUCGAGCCCCCUUUUCCAGAUUGCAGCGUCAUAUGCAUCCACGGCCAUAGCGCCUUUUGUGCUGAAACCCACCUGAGUGUGUGUGUCUGUGAGCGUCAGAGAGGGUACGAAACAGCUGCCAGGUGCCAGGGGUUAUGCAGUAUGGUUUUUUGAAGCUAGUUUUAAUUUGUUUUAAAACCAGCUUAUUUUUUAUUUACGACACGUAUCGAUAUCGAACGAGACAUUCGUUUAUCUUAGCGACCUUAACGAUGCUCUUAUUGAAACAUUCAUUAAGAUAUCGUUAGAAUCCACUGCAGCCAAAGUGCUUCACACGAAACAAGAAAGGGGUCUAAAAAUUUAUUAGAAUGCAAUUAAGCACAUCACAUUUCAAUGGCUUUUGUUCCAAUAUAUUGAACGAAUGUGGUAUAAAACGGGUGUCGCUUAACCUUAUGAUUUAGCAUUGUAUUAAAUUUGCUUCACUGUAAACCAAAUGUAAUUCAUUCAAGUUCCACAUCGAUAAGUUGAAUUGAAUGCUUCGCAUCGCGUCGCUUUUUUUAGAAAAGGAAUGCUUUUGUCUGCCGGUUACAGAAACGCUUUCAGUAAACGAUGGCAAUAACUUAUUGAUGAAUUGGUAUUGCAUAGGGCCCGUUGAUUGAAACUAAAGAUUACUGGGACGAGUAGGUAAUGCAGGUUGUUUUAAAUAUGAUCAAACGCGAAAAAAGUCCCGACUACGUUAACCAUCAAUGUUGAUAAGGUGUACAACUGUUAUUAUACCUAUAACUUAUAAAAAAUAUAACACUGAAUAUUCAAUAUUGGCGAGCAUGAUGUAAAGUGUGAAUAAAAUGUAUUCUCCUGUAUAUCGGAGGAUCAUGCGUAUGAUCCUUUUAUUGAAUUUGCUUUUAUUUUCAAAGGGUUGCUAUUAACAAA